GUCAAGAUCACCGACAAACACGAUGCUGGAGCGGGUGCACCCGAAGCAGAUCCACAAGCAUGUGCUGGGGACGUGGCUUGAGGAGAGCUUUGCGAGCGGCAAGCCGAGGAGUAUCAACGACGCUAUCCGGUAUUGUUCCUUGCACAUCGACGGGUUCACAGACAAGAAGAUCCGCAGCCAGCGUGCGUGGGUCUCGCGUGCAAUUCGGUCGCUCGACUUGGACGAGUACAUCUCGCGCAGCAAACCGACGUCGUCAAAGAAGCCGAAAAUAGUUCUGAUGUCUCCUUCAUCGCCAUCGACGCUACAAGAUGUUGAGCGCGAAGUGUCCGAGAUUUUAGUACAAAUGCAGGACGACUCGUCGUUCGCCCAAUCGGCCUCGGGCAAUUGGUGCCACCCGCCGCCGCCAAUGCACUUUACGCCGAUACCACCACACUACGAAGACUCGAACGCAACGUCGUGGGGCACUCGGCCACCGCUCCCGCCGCUCUAUUCCCCGCACCACACAGCCCCUUCCUCGACCAUGUCAGACAGGCAGCACUUCAAUCCAUUUGCACAACGACGCCUGACGGACGGAGACUACGAACCACCUUCACGAUGGUAGGACGAUUGCCGCGGCAUCCAGGGCGCGCAACACGUAGACGUUCACAUAGACAACAACUGCGCACGAGGAUGAGUGUAAGGCACAUAAAGUCACAUCAUGAAUAAAUCCAGCAAUUUCUGAACCACUCCGAGCAACGCAGUCGCUGAACGAGUGCAACUACAG